UUUUUAAUGAUAAAUUUGAAGAAAUUAAAGCUUUUUCUUCCAUUUACGACACAAAUUCGUCGAUGUCAUAUUCAGAAAAAGGCAAAAUCGGAUACAAUUUUUGCCCUUUCAUCAGGUUUUGGCAAAUGCGGCGUCGCAGUAAUUCGCGUUUCAGGUCCUGAUAGUCUGAACUCUAUCCAAAAAAUUGCCGGAAAUUUCGCCCUCAAACCUCGUAAUGCCCAUCUUCGUUCCUUAAGACACCCAAUUUCGGGCGAACUCAUCGACAAAGGUCUCGUUUUAUGGUUUCCCGGGCCUCAAAGCUUCAGCGGCGAAGAUUCUUGCGAAUUUCAAGUACACGGCGGCACUGCAGUUGUUCAAGGAAUUCUCGAAGCGCUCAGUUCUCUGCCGAAUUUUCGUCCUGCUGAACCGGGAGAAUUUACGAAACGUGCCUUUUACAGCGGAAAACUCGAUUUGACCGAAGUUGAGGGACUUGCGGAUUUAAUUCAUGCUGAAACGGAGCUGCAACGACGUCAAGCGUUGAUUCAAGCGAGCGGAUCGUUGAGUAAACUCUAUGCGGGUUGGAGAAAAGAUAUUUUGCGGUGUGUGGCGCACUUUGAGGCAUACAUUGACUUUGCGGAGGAUGAAAAUAUCGAAGAUGAUACGUUGGAAAAAGUUAGAAAUAAGCUGAAAAUGCUCGCGAAAGACAUUGAACAGCAUUUAAAAGACGGCAGAAAAGGAGAAAGACUUCGAGAAGGCGUGAGAACGGCAAUUAUUGGAUCGCCAAAUGUCGGAAAAAGCAGUUUAAUUAAUAUUUUGUGCCAAAAAAAGGUGUCGAUAGUAACUGACAUCGCAGGAACUACUCGUGACAUCAUUGAAAAAAAUUUGAACAUCGGAGGACAUCCAAUUAUUUUAGCAGAUACGGCGGGAAUGAGGAAAGAAACGUCGGAUGUGGUAGAAAAUGAGGGAAUUUCACGAGCAAAAGAAUAUUUGGAGACUGUAGACUUGGUUUUGAUGGUCAUUGACGCCACAGAAAUUGUAAAAAAUCAAAAUUUUGAGGAAUUUUUGAGAAAUUACGCCGAAAAUCUUGGAUUAAAAACAGAUCAAAGCCUGAAAUCGAAGAAAAUUGUAUAUUUUAUUAACAAAAUCGACCUUAUCUCACCUGAGGAAAUCAAAAAUUUGGAAAAAUUAAGCAACGUUCAUUGUAUUUCUUGCAAAACUAACCAUGGAUUGAACGAAGCAGUGGUUCAUCUGUCUUCUCAUUUGAAAGAAUUAUGCGGAAAUCCAUCCUUUGAAAAUCCAGUUUUAAGUCGGAUGAGACAUCGACAUCACUUGACACAAGCACUCGAGUUCAUCGAAGCCUUUUUAGAAGUCGAUCCGGAACAAGGAUUUGUUGAUUUGGCAAUUUUAGCGCAAAAAUUGAGGUUUGCCAUGAGAUCCAUCGGCAAAAUUACCGGCGAAGUCGGCGUCGAAGACGUUCUCGAUGUGAUUUUUAAAGAUUUUUGUAUCGGAAAAUAAAUUAAAAAGACAAAAAA